AUGGAGAUUUGUGCCAAAGAUAUGAAGAAACCAAGAUCAGUGUUCAGCAACAUAAAGGUACGUUGUUAUUAUUCAUUUGUUUUAUUAGGGAGAUUCAUGCAUAUCACCGUAGUAUGAUUAGGAUGUACAUUUUAUUGGUUGUUGUGGAUUUGAAGAGAGAAAAAUUUGCCUAAACAAACAUAUCCAAACAAUUUCUUUAAGAGAUUUUUUUCCCAGUGCACACCUCUGAUUUGAAUUGUAAUGGCCACCUUUAGUCCAUGCUGUCACACACAGGAAGUAUUUAGAAUAACCCUCCCUCGUUUUUACAUAGAAAUGAUAUAAUUAAGCAAUAAGGAACCUCUGGGAUUUGUGGUAUAUGGCCAAUAUACCACGGCUAAUGGCUGUUCUUACGCACGACAUAACGUGGACUGCCUGGAUACAGCCCUUAGCCGUGAUAUAUUGGCCAUAUACCACAAACUCCUGAGGUGCCUUGUUGCUAUUAUAAACUGGUUACCAACAUAAUUAGAGUAGUAAAUAGUAAUUUUUAUCAUACCCAUGGUAUAAGGUCUGAUAUACCACGGCUUUCAGCCAAUCAGCAUUCAGGGCUCGAACCACCUGGUUUAUAAUGGUAUUUGAUGUCUUCUCUUGCUUGAUCAUAUGACAUAUGCGAUUAUCCUAGAAGCCAGGUUUGUGUGUCGACCAUUUACACUGAUGAUGGCUUGAGUCCAACAUUUUUGUUUUGUUUUAUUGUUUAUUUCUUACAAACAUUUUGGAGUCUCAAGUCACAGUGGUGGAAAAAGUACCCAAAUCUCAUACUUGAGUAAAAGUAAAGAUACCUUAAUAGAAAAUGACUCAAGUAAAAGUGAAAGUCACCCAGUAAAAUACUACUUCAGUAAAAGUCUAAAAAUAUUGGGUUUUAAAUAUACUUAAGUAUCAAAAGUAAAAGUAUAAAUCAUUUCACAUUCCUUAUAUUAAGCAAACAAGAUGGCACGUUUUUUUUGUUUUUUAAUUUACGGAUAGCCAGGGGCACACUCCAACACUCAGACAUCAUUUACAAAUGAAGCGUGUGUUGUUUAGUGAAUCUGCCAGAUCAGAGGCCGUAGGGAUGACCAGGAAUGUUCUCUUGAUAAGUGUGUAAAUUGGACCAUUUCCUGUCCUGCUAAGCAUUCGAAAUGUAACAACUACUUUUGGGUGUCACGGAAAAUGUAUGGAGUAAAAAGCAUAUUAUUUGCUUUAGGAAUGUAGUACAUUAAAUGUAAAAGUUGUCAAAAAUAUAAAUAGUAAAGUACAGAUACCCCAAAAAAAACUACUUAAGUAGUACUUUAAAGUACAUUUUACUUAAGUACUCUACACCACUGUCAAGCCAUCAGUGUAAAUGGUCGGCACACAAACCUGGCAUCAAUUUGUUGUUUUUUUACCCCCUUUUUCGUGGUAUCCAAUUGGUAGUUACAGUCUUGUCCCAUCGCUGCAACUCCCGUACGGACACGGGAGAGGCGAAGGUCGAACCAAGCCGCAAUGCUUCUUGACACAUUGACACCGCUUAAACCGUACACCUGGCGACCGAGUCAGCGUGCACUGCGCCCGACCCACCACAGGAGUCACUAGUGAGCGAUGGGACAAGAACAUCCCUGCCGGCCAAACCCUGGACGACCCCAUGGGUCUCCCGGUCACGGCCGGGGUCUCUAGUGGCACAGCUAGCACUGCGAUGCAGCGCCUUAGACCACUGCACCCCUCGGGAGUACCCUGGCUUCUAUUUCAAGGACAAUUGUAUAUGUCAUGUCACAUGAUCAAGCAAGAAAAUACAUCAAAUACCUAUCAUUUCUAUGUUAAAAAAAGCAGGUCAUAACUACUUUAUUAAAAUACUAAUGAUAUAAUCUAGAUUUAUGUUGGCUAGUGCUACCCCGGUACACACUGGCUUGAUCAACAUUGCUUCCACGUCAUUUCAAUGAAAUGUACGUUGAACCAACUUGGAAUAGACGCCGAAUUGACGUCUGUGCCCCGUGUGUGGAUUGUUCAGAAUUUAUGCUGCCUGGGGCAGAAUAUUGCUUCAGUACCUGGCAACAACUAUUCCUGGAAUGCCUUGUCUCUGUGUCUGGUCUGUUUGACAUAAAUGUGGGUCAUUACCCAACCAAGCCUGUGUGUGAGUUCUCUUGUGUUUGUCCAACUAUGUUUGUGGUUAUCUACGAUCUACGACGUGCGUGCGGUCGCUAUCUGUGACCACUAAAUUGUGUUCUCUACAGUGUUAAUGACUGAUGUCCCAACGUCUGCUCUGACUUAACAUUGAGUCUGUGUCACAAAUGGCACCCUAUUCCUUAUAUAAUGCGCGACUUUUGACCAGGGUUACAUACUGUAGUGCACUUCUUUUGAGCAGAGCCCAAUGGGCACAAAUGGAACCCUAUUCCCUACAUAGUGCACUAAUUUUGACCAUAGCCUUAGUCAAAAGUAGUGUACUAUAUAUAUAUAUAUAUAUAUAUAUAUAUAUAUUGGGAAUAGGGUGCCAUUUGGGUUGCAGACUGUCACAGGGGUGAUCUAUGAUUUUGCUGUGAUAAAUGUACUACCUCGUUUUUUAGUGCAUAAUAACAUGAAUCUCCAAAUAUUAUGGACUAGGCUCACCAGGCUAUUAGCUCUAUAACUUGUUGAACAUUCAGUCCCUUCCCUCUGGUGAUAUAUCAAACAUGGAAUGCGUAACAGGUGGAAUGUCUUUUUUGGCACACUCUAAGCCCGUUAUAGAUAGAAAUGCUAUUUUUCUGAGCCAGACACUUUUACUGAACGUCUCAAGAGUUCAUUAGAGUUCCUACGUAGCCAGUCACUGAAAACUAAAAUGAAGUGAGUGUUCUCCUUUUGUACAGCCAUAAAUACAGUUAGUCAUUCUGAAAUGAGGUAUUGCCAAACCCGCAGUAGACUGUUGUAGUAAGACCUUAUUUCAGAGAACAAGAAAUGGCUCCAUGACUCAUUUGAGUUUGCAAUAUUAGCAAAUAGUGUACAAAUCAUUAGGAGCAUCUCCUGUUUCCAUGACAAUAGACUGACCUGGUGAAUCCAGGUGGAAGCUACGAUCCCUUAUUGAUGUCACAUUUUAAAUCCACUUCAACCAGUGUAGAUGAAGGGGGGAGGAGACGGGUUAAAGAAGGAUUUUUAAGACUUGAGACAAUUGACACAUGGAUUGUGUAUGUGUGCCAUUCAGAGGGUGAACGGACAAGACAAAAUAUUUAAGUGCCUUUGAACGGAGUAUGGUAGUAGGGACCAGGCACACCUGUUUGUAUCAAGAACUGCAACGCUGCUGGGUAUUUCACGCUCAACAGUUUCCUGUGUGUAUCAACAAUGGUCCACCACCCGAAGGACAUCCAGCAAUCAGCAGGCCAGUGGUCGAAAACGGGUAAUUGAUGAAAGAGGACAAAGGGAGGCUGACACAAAUUGUGCAGAGCAACAGACGGGCUGCAGUUAGUCGACUGACAGUCCAGUGCAACACUGGUGCUCAAAGAAUGCACAAGUCGUCGUACCUUGACACAAAUGGGAUGUGGCAGCCAACGACCUUAGAAUUCCGCUUCUUUCAUCAAAAAAAACAAGAAACUGCGGUUGCAGAGGGCUAAGGAAUGAAAACAUUGGACAAUGGAGAAUUGGAAAAACAUUGCCUGGUCUGAUGAAUCCCGGUCCCUGCUGUUUCAUGCUGAUGGGAGGACUAGGGUAUGGAGAAAACCACAUGAGGACAUGCAUCCAUCAUUCUGCGUGGCAACAUUGCAGGCUGGUGGUGUGAUGUGGGCGGCAGGUAGCUUAGUGGGUAAGAGCGUUGUGCCAGUAACCGAAAGGUCGCUGGUUCUAAUCCCCGAGCCGACUAGGUGAAAAAUCUGUCGAUGUGCCCUUGAGCAAGGCACUUAACCCUAAUUGCUCCUGUAAGUCGCUCUGGAUAAGAGCGUCUGCUAAAUGACUACAAAAAAAAAAAAAAAAAAAAAAGUGUUUUCAAUACAUUGGGCCCCUUGAGAAAAGUGGAGCGAUAUUUGAAUGUCACAGGAUAUCUAAACAUCAUUGCCAAUCAGAUCCACCCCUUCAUGGCAGCAGUGUAUCCAUCUGCAAAAUGAUUUUUUUUUUCUCAGCAGGAUAAUGCCCCAUGCUACAAGGCUAGGAUUGUCCUGGAAUGGUUUCAGCUUGCUGCAGUGGCCUGCCCAGAAAUAAUGCCCUACAUAAAUAUACUGAAUGACUGAGGUCAAUACAACACCAUGGAUAUUUCUGUCAAAUUAUAUAAUUUAUCAUCAGAGCUGUUCUUCAGAGCCAGUAUUGGCAGCUUUCACAGUACAACUUGUCAUUGUGUACGUGUUGUAAUAAUGUAACUGACCCUCUGAUGCUUUGUGUCUGAGAUGUGAUACAGAGAAGAGUCGGUAGGGAGAAGGAAUGUCAGACUCUGUCCAACACGGGAAUUCAGCCUAGCGUCCAAAUCCCACUGUGAGCCUGAGCGUUUCAGUGUUCUCGCAGGGAACAAAGGUAGGACUGCGGUAGGUCCCCUUUUUCAGAUACAGAUUAGUUAUGUGGAUUGGCGUCUAUUGCAAAUCCUGAACCCUAUGGCACACGUUAUAUCACAACACACAGACACACACCCAAACCAGGUGGUCCAGCUCAAACCCCAGGUGUUUACAGCAGGAAGGUGUCCUCGUGCGUCAUGUCGAUAUGUAACGAAACGUAGUAGUGUACAGUAGAAAAAGGUUAGGUCUGAUUUACUGUUCAUGUGCUGGCAGCCUUCCACUUCCGAGUGUCUUACACAUGCUUAAUUGAAGGCCAUAAAAAUCACAGAUGAACACAAACACUGACCCACCAUUUACUGCAUCCUGUUAAUCUACCUCCUCAUAAACAGUGAUGGGGUAAGAUCCAUACAACUGGUUUAUGGUCAGUAGUGUAAACCGAAAAUCUGUGUUCUUUUCAGAAUAUUUCAGAUAGUGUCUCCCUGUUUUGCUACUUUUCUAAAUGUUUUCUCCAUGCUGAACAUGGCCCUCUUCUCAGAUGUGAAAGCACAUUAGCUCAGGGUUAAUAUAUGUCAGCAUAAAAAAAAACGGUUUCCCAGAAGCUAGGGGGCAGGGGUGCAAAGAGAUUAAACAAUCUGAGAAAAACAUCCAUCUUUAUAGGAAAGGGAGUCGUUUUUUGUUUUAAUGUGUGUUAGAAACCCCACAAUGUUUAUUAUGUAGAAAUAUGUUUAAUGGUCAAACUGCCAGAAUGCCUAAGCACCCCUGCGUGUGACCACAACUAUUUUAAUUUGUAAAAAAAUAUGAUAAGGAAGGAAUGUUAAUCCAUCACAAAAAAAAGUUAGUUAGUGCUAAAUCUUAUGACGCCUCUGUGAGAAAAUCAAACAUUUGGCUACCUUACUUAGAAUUGCAAACUUUAAGGAGUAGGGCCAUCAACUAGACCCACGGAACAGAAUUACAAAUAAUUUGUAGACGGCAAACUGACUGUAAGAAGCCCAAACAGAUAUAAUGUUUGAAUAAAACAUAAUCACUUCAAACCUUGUUUACGAUCACGCCUCUAUAUAAUGCGUGGGAGUAGGCCUAGUUGGGAACAGAUUUCUUAAAUUAAAAUCACGCGGAGCUGAUUUCCUUGUGUUUAUGUCCAACAAUGAACUUCUUUUUUUUUAUUACAAGUUCAACUUCUUUUUUUUUGGCACAGAAAAUUUGGGGGGCCAAAUAAAACCACCUGCGGGCCGCCAGUGGGGGAACCGCGGAGUAGGGCGUUCAGGGAGUUGGUCUGAUGGGAAUCUGUGAUGUCAUCAGCCCCCCCCCCUUUGCUUGAGGAGAAGUAGAGGAACGGCCCACUUGUGAUGUCAUGACAUAGCUGGACCACCUAUUGAGAUGUUCCCUUUUGUUAGCCCUUUACACUGGUGACCACUGGCCUAUAUGGAUAGGGCUACAUUGAAAUGUUUCUUACAUAAUUAAAUAUGAAAAGCAUAAUCAUGGUAGCAAUUAAAAGGGAAAAGUUUGGAGAUUAUGGGGGAAAUGAUUAGACCCAAGGUGAGGACACAACAGGUCACCUGACACAAGACUGGAUCCAAACAUUACACUGUUGAUUUGAUGUGCAUUUUACAUUUACUGUACUUUUCACAGCAUUUGUUGAUAAUGAAAUCUGAAAAUACUCUGAAAACAUUAAGUAACAUGAGAAGACUAUUCCUGGAAAAUGUGGGGUGCUGUAGAUGCGUAACAUAAGACAAAAAAAUGCCAAGGGUUUGAGUGAGCAGACUAACUGGUGUCUCCAAGUGGCCACACCUCUCCAAAGUGUGCACAGUUCCUAAGUAAUUUCAAUGUACUUUUAUGACUCAAAGAAGAGUCUUCAACUAUAAGGAGCUUUAGUUUUGAGCUCUCCUAGCUGGGCCGUUGAGGAACUAGAGUAAGAACACUUGUAGUUGUUUUGUUUGGAACACAACCCUGCAUCCCCGCCAUCACACAAUUACUGUUGUUGUUUACGCAAUACAGAAACUGACCAUUUUAAAUCACAAUCUGGGUCAGGUGGGCAUCAUUUGAAGGCUUGUUCUAUUGCCAACAUGACUAGCUAAGUUAUAAAAUACGAUCUUACAGUGUUAGGCUUUCACAAGGCUAUUCAGAGAAACAAGAUCAUAUUUUUGGUGCGCAUAGAAACAAGUCCUGAGUGCAUUCAGGUGCGUGUGCCGCGGAACAUUUUCUUCGCAAUAAACAAACCGGCUCAUUCCGUUCAGAACAACCCAGGGUAUGAAGACAUUUCAUCUUGUCACUGAACAUCUAACAUAGUGAUCAUAAACAUUGACCCUGUAUAUGACAUGAGUUCUAUGAUAUGGAAAUGUGAAGUGCACAUUUGGACUCACAGGUGUUUGGCUUGCUUGUAUGACAUCAAAGCAGUAUUUAUUUUAAUCCUCAACGUCUCAUCUUUCAAAAUACAUAGUCCUCUUAAUUUACAUAAUUCCCCCCACUCAGACAACAUAACAUGUGCAACAGUUGGCCAAUCAGCGGGAGGGAUGGGGGCAGCUUCUUGUCAUGCGGUGUUCAAAUUCAGAACAGCUGUCAGUCAAAACCCACACAGAGCUGUGAGGCACAGUCACUGAGCUCUGACGUCAUGUACAGUGGGGAAAAAAAGUAUUUAGUCAGCCACCAAUUGUGCAAGUUCUCCCACUUAAAAAGAUGAGAGAGGCCUGUAAUUUUCAUCAUAGGUACACGUCAACUAUGACAGACAAAAUGAGAUUUUUUUUCUCCAGAAAAUCACAUUGUAGGAUUUUUAAUGAAUUUAUUUGCAAAUUAUGGUGGAAAAUAAGUAUUUGGUCAAUAACAAAAGUUUCUCAAUACUUUGUUAUAUACCCUUUGUUGGCAAUGACACAGGUCAAACGUUUUCUGUAAGUCUUCACAAGGUUUUCACACACUGUUGCUGGUAUUUUGGCCCAUUCCUCCAUGCAGAUCUCCUCUAGAGCAGUGAUGUUUUGGGGCUGUCGCUGGGCAACACGGACUUUCAACUCCCUCCAAAGAUUUUCUAUGGGGUUGAGAUCUGGAGACUGGCUAGGCCACUCCAGGACCUUGAAAUGCUUCUUACGAAGCCACUCCUUCGUUGCCCGGGCGGUGUGUUUGGGAUCAUUGUCAUGCUGAAAGACCCAGCCACGUUUCAUCUUCAAUGCCCUUGCUGAUGGAAGGAGGUUUUCACUCAAAAUCUCACGAUACAUGGCCCCAUUCAUUCUUUCCUUUACACGGAUCAGUCGUCCUGGUCCCUUUGCAGAAAAACAGCCCCAAAGCAUGAUGUUUCCACCCCCAUGCUUCACAGUAGGUAUGGUGUUCUUUGGAUGCAACUCAGCAUUCUUUGUCCUCCAAACACGACGAGUUGAGUUUUUACCAAAAAGUUAUAUUUUGGUUUCAUCUGACCAUAUGACAUUCUCCCAAUCCUCUUCUGGAUCAUCCAAAUGCACUCUAGCAAACUUCAGACGGGCCUGGACAUGUACUGGCUUAAGCAGGGGGACACGUCUGGCACUGCAGGAUUUGAGUCCCUGGCGGCGUAGUGUCUUACUGAUGGUAGGCUUUGUUACUUUGGUCCCAGCUCUCUGCAGGUCAUUCACUAGGUCCCCCUGUGUGGUUCUGGGAUUUUUGCUCACCGUUCUUGUGAUCAUUUUGACCCCACGGGGUGAGAUCUUGCGUGGAGCCCCAGAUCGAGGGAGAUUAUCAGUGGUCUUGUAUGUCUUCCAUUUCCUAAUAAUUGCUCCCACAGUUGAUUUCUUCAAACCAAGCUGUUUACCUAUUGCAGAUUCAGUCUUCCCAGCCUGGUGCAGGUCUACAAUUUUGUUUCUGGUGUCCUUUGACAGCUCUUUGGUCUUGGCCAUAGUGGAGUUUGGAGUGUGACUGUUUGAGGUUGUGGACAGGUGUCUUUUAUAUUGAUAACAAGUUCAAACAGGUGCCAUUAAUACAGGUAACGAGUGGAGGACAGAGGAGCCUCUUAAAGAAGAAGUUACAGGUCUGUGAGAGCCAGAAAUCUUGCUUGUUUGUAGGUGACCAAAUACUUAUUUUCCACCAUAAUUUGCAAAUAAAUUCAUUAGAAAUCCUACAAUGUGAUUUUCUGGAUUUUCUUUCUCUCAAUUUGUCUGUCAUAGUUGACGUGUACCUAUGAUGAAAAUUACAGGCCUCUCUCAUCUUUUUAAGUGGGAGAACUUGCACACUUGGUGGCUGACUAAAUACUUUUUUCCCCCACUGUAUCAAGAAGCUGAUUAAACAGCAUCAUCAUUACACAGGUGCACCUUGUGCUGGGGACAAAAGGCCACUUUAAAAUGUGCGGUUUUGUCCCACAACACAAUGCCACAGAUGUCUCAAAUUUUGAGGGAGCGUGCAGUUGGCAUGCUGACUGCAGGAAUGUCCACCAGAGCUGUUGCCAGAGAAUUGAAUGUUAAUUUCUCUACCGUAAGCUGCCUCCAAAGUCGUUUUAGAUCAUUUGACAGUACAUCCAACCAAAUUCACAACCGCAGACCACGUGUAACCACGCCAGCCCAGGGCCUCCACGUCCAGCUUCUAUACCUGCGGGAUCAUCUGAUGAGGGGGAGGGGGGGUGCUGAGGGGUAGAAGUUACAGGUCUGUGAGAGCCAGAAAUCUUGCUUGUUUGUAGGUGACCAAAUACUUAUUUUCCACCAUAAUUUGCAAAUAAAUUCAUUAAAAAUCCUACAAUGUGAUUUUCUGGAGAAAAAAAAUCUCAAUUUGUCUGUCAUAGUUGACGUGUACCUAUGAUGAAAAUUAACAGGCCUCUCUCAUCUUUUUAAGUGGGAGAACUUGCACAAUUGGUGGCUGACUAAAUACUUUUUUUCCCCACUGUAUAGCGUGUUAAUGUCCAGCCACUGAGCUCUAACGUCAUGUAUAGCGUGUUACUGUCCAGCCAUCUGAGCUUCUGACGUCAUGUAUAGCGUUUUACUGUACAACCCAGAGCUCUGACUCAUGUAUAGCGUGUACUGUCCAGCCACUGAGCUCACGUCAAUGUAAGCAUGUUACUGACUGUCCAGCCACUGAGCUCUGACGUCAUUUAAGCGUGUUACUGGUACAGACCCAGAGCUCUGACGUCAUAUAUAAGCGUGUUACUGUCCACACUGAGCUCUGACGUCAUGUAUAGCUUUACUGUCCAGCCACUGAGCUCUGACUCAUGUAUAGCGUGUUACUGUACAGCACCACCGUGGGGGGGGGGGGGAGGAGAGGGAGCUCUGACGUCAUUAUAGCGUGUUAUGUACAGACCCAGAGCUCUGACGUCAUGUAUAGCGUGUUACUGUACAGCCACUGAGCUCUGACGUCAUGUAUAGCAUGUUACUGUCCAGCCACAGAGCUCUGACGUCAUGUAUAGCGUGUUACUGUCCAGCCACAGAGCUCUGACGUCAUGUAUAGCGUGUUACUGUACAGACCCAGAGCUCUGACGUCAUGUAUAGCGUGUUACUGUCCAGCCACUGAGCUCUGACGUCAUGUAUAGCGUGUUACUGUACAGCCACUGAGCUCUGACGUCAUGUAUAGCGUGUUACUGUCCAGCCACUGAGCUCUGACGUCAUGUAUAGCAUGUUACUGUACAGCCACUGAGCUCUGACGUCAUGUAUAGCGUGUUACUGUACAGACCCAGAGCUCUGACGUCAUGUAUAGCGUGUUACUGUCCAGCCACUGAGCUCUGACGUCAUGUAUAGCGUGUUACUGUCCAGCCACUGAGCUCUGACGUCAUGUAUAGCGUGUUACUGUCCAGACCCAGAGCUCUGACGUCAUGUAUAGCGUGUUACUGUCCAGCCACUGUGUUCCAAUUUAGGCGUUUAUCAGUGCCCAAAUCUGCCAUUUCCAAACCUUAUACGAUUAUAAAGGGCUACGUAAAUCAGGUGUUAAAUGAGGUGAAAAGGAGACUGAAGUGCUACUUUAAGUUUGGGCAGUCAGGCAUGGUCAACAAAGGUUUCAAAAAGUUCCACUGUCCAUCCAUGUUGUCUCACCAGAGAAUGGACGUGGUUUGGAUUUAGAGAACCUUCUGUUUGUCUUUUCAGUACGUCACUGAGCUUAUCUCUCUUCUGUUGGUUGGCUAAUGGCUACACCCUCUAUGUACAGAGAAGGUUGCGUCCCAAACAGGAACCUAUUCCCUAUGUAGUGCACUACUUUUGACCAAGGCCCAUAAGGGGAUAGGGUGGCAUUUGGGACACAACCAAGGUGUGUCUUUCUGACUGCUACAUACUGCUGGUCUGUUCUGUUUUGAGAGAGGUCAACCUCACGCUGCUACCUCUUUUACAAGGCUCUCUCAAUUUCAGUUCAAUUUCAAUUGAAGGGCUUUAUUGGCAUGGGAAACGUAUGUUAACAUCGCCAAAGCAAGUGAAGUAGAUAGUAAACAAAUGUGAAAUAAAUAUGAACAGUAAACAUUACACUCAGCAGUUCCAAAAGAAUAAAGACAUUUCACAUGUAAUAUUAUGUCUAUAUACAGUGUUGUAACAAUGUGCAAAUAGUUAAAGUACAAAUGGGAAAAUAAAUAAACAUAUGGGUUGUAUUUACAAUGGUGUUUGUUCUUCACUGGUUGCCCUUUUCUUGUGGCAACAUGUCACAAAUCUUGCUGCUGUGAUGGCUCACUGUGGUUUUUCACCCAAUAGAUAUGGGAGUUUAUCAAAAUUGGGUUUAUUUUCAAAUUCUUUGUGGAUCUGUGUAAUCUGAGGGAAAUAUGUGUCUCUAAUAUGGUCAUACAUUUGGCAGGAGGUUAGGAAGUGCAGCUCAGUUUCCACCUCAUUUUGUGGGCAGUGUGCACAUAGCCUGUCUUCUCUUGAGAGCCAGGUCUGCCUACGGCAGCCUUUCUCAAUAGCAAAGCUAUGCUCACGGAGUCUGUACAUAGUCAAAGCAAUCCUUAAGUUUGGGUCAGUCACAGUGGUCAGGUAUUCUGCCACUGUGUACUCUCUGUUUAGGGCCAAAUAGCAUUUUAGUUUGCUCAGUUUUUUUGUUAAUUCUUUCCAAUGUGUCAAGUAAUUCUCUUUUUGUUUUCUCAUGAUUUGGUUUGGUAUAAUUGUGUUGUUGUCCUGGGGCUCUCUCUCUCUCUCUCUCUCUCUCUCUCUCUCUCUUCUCUCUCUCUCUCGCUCUCUGCUCUCUCUCUCUCUCAUCUCUCUCUCUCUCUCUCUCUCUCUCUCUCUCCUCUCUCUAUCUCUCUCUCUCUCUCUCUCUCUCUCUCUCUCUCUAUCUUUUUUAUAUUCUCUGGAUUAUCCUUGCCCUGUGACCUGCUACCUUCAGACUAGCCAAUAAAAAUAAAAGAUUAAUGGGCAGUCUGAGAAGGUCAGCAUCCCGGAGUCCCCUCUUCACUGUUGACGUUGAGACUGGUGUUUUGCGGGUACUAUUUAAUGAAGCUGCCAGUUGAGGACAUGUGAGGCGUCUGUUUCUCAAACUAGACACUCUAAUGUAUUUCUCCUCUUGCUCAGUUGUGCACCGGCGCCUCCCACUCCUCUUUCUAUUCUGGUUAGAGCCAGUUUGCGCUGUUCUGUGAAGGGAGUAGUACACAGCGUUGUACGAGAUCUUCAGUUUCUUGGCAAUUUCUCACAUGGAAUAGCCUUCAUUUCUCAGAACAAGAAUAGACUGACGAGUUUCAGAAGAAAGUUGUUUGUUUCUGGACAUUUUGAGCCUGUAAUCAAACCCACAAUUGCUGAUGCUCCAGAUACUCAACUAGUCUCAAGAAGGCCAGUUUUAUUGCUUCUUUAAUCAGCACAACAGUUUUCAGCUGUGCUAACAUAAUUGCAAAAGGGUUUUCUAAUGAUAAAUUAGCCUUUUAAAAUGAUAAACUUGGAUUAGCAACACAACGUGCCAUUGGAACACAGGACUGAUGGUUGCUGAUAAUGGGCCUCUGUACGCCUAUGUAGAUAUUCCAUUAAAAAUCAGCCGUUUCCAGCCACAAUAGCCAUUUACAACAUUAACAAUGUCUACACUGUAUUUCUGAUCAAUUUGAUGUUAUUUUAAUGCACCAUUUUUUUUUCAAAGUGACCCCAAACUUUUGAACGGUAGUGUAUGUAUAUCUAUAUACUGUAUUUGCAAAAAUAUAUGUGGGAUUAGAAGUGAUGCAGACAAUUACAUUGAUGGAAGUUACAAUCUAUCUACAAUAUGAAAGCUGAUAUACCCCCUAAAAAAUAUACAGUGGGGGAAAAAAGUAUUUAGUCAGCCACCAAUUGUGCAAGUUCUCCCACUUAAAAAGAUGAGAGAGGCCUGUAAUUUUCAUCAUAGGUACACGUCAACUAUGACAGACAAAAUGAGGAAAAAAAUCCAGAAAAUCCCAUUGUAGGAUUUUUAAUGAAUUUAUUUGCAAAUUAUGGUGGAAAAUAAGUAUUUGGUCAAUAACAAAAGUUUCUCAAUACUUUGUUAUAUACCCUUUGUUGGCAAUGACACAGGUCAAACGUUUUCUGUACAAUUUUGUUUCUGGUGUCCUUUGACAGCUCUUUGGUCUUGGCCAUAGUGGAGUUUGGAGUGUGACUGUUUGAGGUUGUGGACAGGUGUAUUUUAUACUGAUAACAAGUUCAAACAGGUGCCAUUAAUACAGGUAACGAGUGGAGGACAGAGGAGCCUCUUAAAGAAGAAGUUACAGGUCUGUGAGAGCCAGAAAUCUUGCUUGUUUGUAGGUGACCAAAUACUUAUUUUCCACCAUAAUUUGCAAAUAAAUUCAUUAAAAAUCCUACAAUGUGAUUUUCUGGAUUUUUUUUCUCAAUUUGUCUGUCAUAGUUGACGUGUACCUAUGAUGAAAAUUACAGGCCUCUCUCAUCUUUUUAAGUGGGAGAACUUGCACAAUUGGUGGCUGACUAAAUACUUUUUUUCCCCACUGUACCCCCUAAAAAUAUAUAUAUAAUAAUAAUUGUCUAAGAAGCAGUAGAUCUCUUCUAUGUGUCCUGUUAUUAUGCUUCCCCAUAAGUUUCGUUUUUGUAUCUUUUACUUUCAGUUUUGUACACCAGCUUCAAACCGCUGAAAAUACAAUAUUUUAGGUUAUUGACAAUAUACUGUAUUUCACAGAGGUUUAGACGGUACAAUGAUUCUCUACACUAUGCAUUGCUUGUUUUUGUCACAUAAACUGAAAUUAGGCAAACUAUUAUUGGAAUUUUUGCAACCAGGAAAUGGCUGAGUGAUUUUGGGAUAUUGCACCUUUAAAUUUAGUAACAGUCAAAUUAUAAAACCCCAAACUAUAACUCAAUUUGACCUUCCUUAUAACUGUCUCUCCAUUGACUGUUCAUUCAUGGGUAUGGUGGAGUUUGAUCUUGAUCCUGAUCUGAGUUUACAUUGCGAGAUCAAAAUGGUACCAUGAAGCUAGGUGUCCGCUAGCUUGGGUCCGAACUGAAUUGUUCUGUUUCACAUAUCGAGAAGUGCAAUGGAUGGAUCAAGGCCACACAGGAGUUUGCUUGAUGUAUUUCAGUGGAAACUAGUAGAUUAUUUAGUUAACCUAGUAGAUUAUUUAGUUAACCUAGUAGAUUAUUUAAUUAACCUAGUAGAUUAUUUAGUUAACCUAGUAGAUUAUUUAAUUAACCUAGUAGAUUCUUUAGUUAACCUAGUAGAUUCUUUAGUUAACCUAGUAGAUUAUUUAGUUAACCUAGUAGAUUAUUUAGUUAACCUAGUAGAUUCUUUAGUUAAACUAGUAGAUUCUUUAUUUAAACUAGUAUAUUAUUUAAUUAACCUAGUAGAUUCUUUAGUUAAACUAGUAUAUUAUUUAGUUAAACUAGUAGAUUAUUUAGUUAAACUAGUAGAUUCUUUAUUUAAACUAGUAGAUUAUUUAGUUAAACUAGUAGAUUAUUGAUUUAACCUAGUAAAUUCUUUAGUUAAUAUCAUUGACUCAGUAUCAGUUGUAACCAGGGUUUGGAACCACUUUUUUUUUUUGGCAAUCGUUUCUUUCUCAACAGAACCCUUUAAAAAAAAAAAUCAGUUCCACUGUUUGGGCAAAAUAAAGUUCUGAACACGUUCGAACCAAAAAAUAGUACCGGUUUAUAUCAUUAUUUUCUGUUCCUUUUUAAACCUCUGAAAUCUGCAAAAAAAAUUAAAUACAUUUAGCUUGACAUUAAAUUACUUCACCAACCAAGUGCGGAUAGAGCAGCUUGCUAUGGAGCGGGUAAGCAUUUUAAUCUGCAUAGGAAAGUCGUUAAGAGCAAAUUGUAUUUUGCCAUAACUUGUUAUGACAUGCAUUAUCUGAAUUAGGCCCACAUAAUUAUACCUAUGGAGGAAAGGCUUCAAUGGAGGAACUUUGAAUGUCUUUGAAUUUCCGAGUUGGGUUAAAGUUGGACCAGACCAAACGUUAGCUAGCUAGCUAACAAGCAGAGCAGCACUAGAAUUAAAAACAUUUCUUAAAUUUUUGUAGUUAAUACAUCCAAUGAGAAACGUGAUAACUAUAGUAUCCUAAACUAGCAUUGAAAAAGUUUAUCCAUUCUUCUAAAAUUAAACAUCUCUCCCCUAAUUUAUGAACCACGCUUGUAACGUCGUCAGUAGGCUACAGUAACCUAUACGUCAGAGGGGAGGGGCAGGUAACCUACACGCACACCCAUUGGUAAAGAUUUCCAGCUGGCAGGCAGAUGCUGGAAUACGUUUCUGACAUUUUUGUGGGACUGGGAAAAAGAAUGCCCGGAACGUUAUUAACCGGUUCCCAUGCUUCUAAAAUAACGGUUCUGUUCUGGAACAGUGUAGAGCACUUUCGUUUCAGGUUCGGCUUCUGUUCCUCUAAUAACUGUAUUAUUUUCUGGUUUUUCGUUUCUGUUCCCUGAACCGGUUACAACCGUUGGUAGUAACCUUACUUCUGUUUGUUUGUGUUCAUACACUAGUAAAUCACCAGUUAGUUAGUAAAUACAUUGCACAGAGAGAGAGAGAGAGAGAGCGUCAUUAAGCUGAGCAGACUAAUGAGAGCGGAGGUAGUUUAGUAGGGACAGCAGUCUGGUCUUUGAUGAUGAUUAUAUUGUGUAGCUGAGCCUUUCAUCUUCAUUCAUCACAAUAGACUGCAGCAGGACGGAAAACAAUGUUAGGCCUGGGAUCUGCCUCUCACUUUCAAGUCUAUUGGGUUCAAUGGCUGUAUAAAUAUGGUUGAGCUAGUCGGAAAUGAAGACAAGCUUUUUUUUUUUUUUUUUUUUUUAGGAAGACAGACUGUUAACUUUUAUGUUUAGACUGUUUUAUGGAAGUCCAGCUGUGUCCAGCCCCUGCACACAGACACACACACACACAUACACACGUUUGUUUUACUAUUCUUGUGGGGACCAAACAAUUGAUUCCCAUUCAAAUUCCUAUUUUCCCUAACCCUAACCUUAACCCUAACUCCCAAAUCUAAUUCUAACCCUAAACCUAACCCCUAAGCCUAAAAUAGCCUUUUUCCUUGUGGAUGCCUGCGAAAUGUCCCCACUUGUCCAAAUAUUCCUUGUUUUACUAUCCCUGUAAGGACCUCUGGUAAAACCAAACACACACACACAGGGUCCAGCCAAACGUCUCCUCAGCACUUGUCUCUGUAAUGAAAGUUAUGAAACCGUCUGGAAUAUUAUGUAAUAUUACAUUCAGCACUUCCUUUAAUUAUCUCCCCUCAGCAGGCCACAAGGCUCAGACAAAUUUAUUUUUAAUUUCACCUUUAUUUAACUAGGCAAGUCAGUUAAGAACAAAUUCUUAUUUACAAUGAAGGCCUACCCCGGCCAAACCCGGACGACGCCCAAUGGGACUCCCAAUCACGGCCGGAGAUGGAGGUACAGGUGUUUGUACUCGCUGCUCUUUGCCCUUAAUUGCUCUGACAAAGAAUGUGUGUGUGUGUGUGUGUGUGUGUGUGUGUGUGUGUGUUCACGCAUACUCAUGGCCUGUCGCUGUGUGUGUUCACUGCGUUCACACUCUGUUUCUCCAUAGCUGUCAUUAAGACAGAUAUAAGCACAACUUACACUGAAGCCCAGCCCCAUAGCUGUCAUUAAAUACGCUUUUUGUCUUUAUAAUGGACCAUCUGACAGGAUUUUAUUGCCCACUGUGUUGAAGCUAUUCUAGUAUGUCAGAAAAGCCCAGAGGACUCACCACAAACAAGCCAACUAGAAUUCCUCUGAAACCUGAAACAUAAUAUUUCAAUGCUUCUAUUCUCAUGUUGAGAGAGGCACUAAAACAAAAUGUGAUCCUUAUGUCUACAAAAAAAAGUUAACUCUGAAUUGUAGCUUUACGCUGAGGUACCCCUUGAAGCUUCAAUAGCAGCAGAGGAUCUUUUUUUUUUUGCCAGACUUGUCAGUCAAACUGAUAAACCUUUUGUUUUAAACUAAAUCACAAAACAAAAAGGUUUUUUCAGCUUGUUCGGUUGCUUGAGAAAAAAGGUCUAGUCGAAACGUUAAUAAUUAAAAACCUGAUCCAAAACAGGGAUGACCUGAGUGAAGGCAUCUAUUGUGUGUGCUAACCAAGCAGAAAGCCAAGCUUUAAUAGGAGCAUUAACUGUUCCAGGAUCAGACUGGGAGUUGAUUCUGCCUCCGCUCCGCCUGUUGUUCUGGCAGCUGAUAAAUAACACAAGGGUUAGAUUUACUACUACUGUUUUCAUAUUAAAUCCAGGUCUAAACCUUAACAUGUCCCCCUUGGCCCUUGGAUCACCUCGUGUCUAAACACAGCGGCCCCAGGAGGUUCUGGACUGGAUGAGGCUCAACCUCCAUCCCAAAUGGCACCCUAUUCCCUACAUACAAGUAGUGCACUACAAUAUACCCUGGUCAAAAGUAGUGCAGUAUAUAGGGUGCCAUUUGCGACGCAGCCUCAGUCCAUUCAAACGGUUCACAGGGUCUGUCUGUCUACUUACGGACAGACCGACAGACCCUGUUCCAGACCACUGGGAAACGGGCCCAACGCACGACAACUUUGAUCCCUGUGUGUCUUUUUGGCGUCAGAGAAAUACACUGCUCAAAAAAAUAAAGGGAACACAAAAAUAAAACAUCCUAGAUCUGAAUGAAUUAAAUAAUCUUAUUAAAUACUUUUUUCUUUACAUAGUUGAAUGUGCUGACAACAAAAUCACACAAAAAUGAUCAAUGGAAAUCAAAUUUAUCAACCCAUGGAGGUCUGGAUUUGGAGUCACCCUCAAAAUUAAAGUGGAAAACCACACUACAGGCUGAUCCAACUUUGAUGUAAUGUCCUUAAAACAAGUCAAAAUGAGGCUCAGUAGUGUGUGUGGCCUCCACGUGCCUGUAUGACCUCCCUACAACGCUUGGGCAUGCUCCUGAUGAGGUGGCGGAUGGUCUCCUGAGGGAUCUCCUCCCAGACCUGGACUAAAGCAUCCGCCAACUCCUGGACAGUCUGUGGUGCAACGUGGCAUUGGUAGAUGGAGCGAGACAUGAUGUCCCAGAUGUGCUCAAUUGGAUUCAGGUCUGGGGAACGGGCGGGCCAGUCCAUAGCAUCAAUGCUUUCCUCUUGCAGGAACUGCUGACACACUCCAGCCACAUGAGGUCUAACAUUGUCUUGCAUUAGGAGGAACCCAGGGCCAACCGCACCAGCAUAUGGUCUCACAAGGGGUCUGAGGAUCUCAUCUCGGUACCUAAUGGCAGUCAGGCUACCUCUGGUGAGCACAUGGAGGGCUGUGCGGCCCCCCAUAGAAAUGCCACCCCACACCAUGACUGACCCACAGCCAAACCGGUCAUGCUGGAGGAUGUUGCAGGCAGCAGAACGUUCUCCACGGCGUCUCCAGACUCUGUCACGUCUGUCACGUGCUCAGUGUGAACCUGCUUUCAUCUGUGAAGAGCACAGGGCGCCAGUGGCGAAUUUGCCAAUCUUGGUGUUCUCUGGCAAAUGCCAAACGUCCUGCACGGUGUUGGGCUGUAAGCACAACCCCCACCUGUCGAUGUCGGACCCUCAUACCACCCCCAUGGAGUCUGUUUCUGACCGUUUGAGCAGCCACAUGCACAUUUGUGGCCUGCUGGAGGUCAUUUUGCAGGGCUCUGACAGUGCUCCUCCUGCUCCUCCUUGCACAAAGGCGGAGGUAGCAGUCCUGCUGCUGGGUUGUUGCCCUCCUACGGCCUCCUCCACGUCUCCUGAUGUACUGGCCUGUCUCCAGGUAGCGCCUCCAUGCUCUGGACACUACGCUGACAGACACAGCAAACCUUCUUCCCACAGCUCGCAUUGAUGUGCCAUCCUGGAUGAGCUGCACUACCUGAGCCACUUGUGUGGGUUGUAGACUCCGUCUCAUGCUACCACUAGAGUGAAAGCACCGGCAGCAUUCAAAAGUGACCAAAACAUCAGCCAGGAAGCAUAGGAACGGAGAAGUGGUCUGUGGUCAUCACCUGCAGAACCACUCCUUUAUUGGGGGUGUCUUGCUAAUUGCCUAUAAUUUUCACCUGUUGUCUAUUCCAUUUGCACAACAGCAUGUGAAAUGUAUUGUCAAUCAGUGUUGCUUCCUAAGUGGACAGUUUGAUUUCACAGAAGUGUGAUUGACUUGGAGUUACAUUGUGUUGUUUAAGUGUUCCUUUUAUUUUUUUGAGCAGUGUAGAUCCAGAGACGGGAACUUAAGUGACUGACUGGCCGGCCUCUUGAAGCUGAGCACAGGGUAAACAGCUUAAAUCAUAGACAAUAUAUCUAUAUCUAUGGCGAAUAUACACUAGAACUCUAUGUACUGUACUGUCCAAUACAGUACACUCACUGUUCCUCUGUUCUCAAGUGAGACCUGGCCAUCAUCAGUACCAAACGAUCUCCGUCAGCACAGUUGGAUCUGAACACGAUUCACCUGUCCCUGUGUUAUGAUCCCUGCUGGAAUUUAACCCACAAAGCUAUUAAUUACUGCACCAACGGAGCCAGUCACAUCAUCAGUCACACAGGACUAUCACGUGAGAUGUAGAUGGAUGACAGUCUCUUCAGGUUCUGUGACAAAUCUGUCUUGUCUCUGAAAAAGGAGAAAAUAGCUUUCAUUUCUUAAUUGAAAACAUUUUGACUGCUACACCAAAGUUUCCAUUUUACGACCGCAACCUAAAGUGUCUUCAGAUCUAUCACAGUGACAGAGAGAAACAAAGACAGUGGACAGCUAAUCCCCAGACUCGAAAGAGUCAUAAGAGAGGCUCUACCCUCCGUUCUAUUGGCGAACGUACAAUCACUAAUUUUCCAUACGCACAAAAAGGUAAUUUCUUUCAAAUGUUAGUGAGCAUUUCUCCUUUGCCAAGAUAAUCCAUCCACCUGACACGUGUGGCAUAUCAAGAAGCUGAUUAAACGGCAUGAUCAUUACACAGGUGCACCUUGUACUGGAGACAAUAAAAGGCCACUCUAAAAUGUUUUGUCACACAACACAAUGCCACGGAUGUCUCAUGUUUUGAGGGACUGAUAUACAUAUUUUUUUCGUACUGAAAAAGACCGCACUCAACGAGCUGUAUAAGGCCAUAAGCAAACAAGAAAAUGCUCAUCCAGAGGCGGCGCUCCUAGUGGCCGGUGAUUUUAAUGCAGGGAAACUGAAAUCCGUCUUACCUCAUUUUGACCAGCAUGUCACCUGUGCAAAUAGAGGUGACAAAAAUCAUCUUUACUCCACACACAGAAACACAUACAAAGCUCUCCCUCGCCCUCCAUUUGGCAAAUCUGACCAUAACUCUAUCCUCCUGAUUCCUGCUUACACACAAAAACUCAAACAGGAAGCACCAGUGUUGUGCUCAAUACGGAAGUGGUCCGAUUAAGCGGAUGCUAAGCUACAGGACUGUUUCGCUAACACAGAUUGGAAUAGGUUCCGGGAUUCAUACGAUAACAUUGAGGAGUUCACCACAUCAGCCACCAGCUUCACUAAAAAGUGCAUCAACAACGUCGUCCCCACAGUGACCAUCAUUACAUAUCCCAACCAGAAGCCAUGGAUUACAGGCAACAUCUGUACUGAGCUAAAGGCUAGAGCUGAUGCUUUCAAGGAGUGGUACACUAAUCUGGACUCUUACACGAAAUCCCACUACGACCUCCGACGAGCCAUCAAACAGGCAAAACAUCAAUACAGGACUAAGAUCAGAUCCCAUUACACCGGCUCUGAUGCUCGUCGGAUGUGGCAGGGCUCGCAAACUAUCACGGAUUACAAAGGCAAACCCAGCCGUGAGCUGCCCAGUGACUCGAGCCUACCAGAUGAGCUAAAUGCCUUUUAUGCUCGCUUCGAGGCAAACAACACUGAACCAUGCAUGAGAGCACCAGCUGUUCCAGACAACUGUGUGUUCUCGCUGCCCGUAGCCGAUGUAAGACCUUUAAACAUUUUAACAUUCACAAGGCUGCAGGGCCAGAUGGAUUACCAGGACACGUACUCAGAGCAUGCGCUGACCAGCUGGCAAGUGACUUCACUGACAUUUUCAACCUCUUCCUGACCCAGUCUGUAACACCUACAUGUUUCAAGCAGACCACCAUAGUCCCUGUGCCCAAGAAUGCCAAGGUAACCUGUCUAAAUGACUAUCUCACAUCUGUAGCCAUAAAAUGCUUUGAAAGGCUGGUCAUGGCUCACAUCAACACCAUCAUCCCAGACACCCUGGACCCACUCCAAUUUACAUACCAUCCCAAUAGACCACAGAUCACGCAAUCUCUGUUGCACUCCACACUGCCCUUUCUCACCUGGACAAGAGGAACACCUAUGUGAGAAUACUGUUCAUUGACUAUAGCUCAGCGUUCAACACCAUUGUGCCCUCCAAGCUCAUCACUAAGCUCAGGAUCCUGGGACUGAAUACCUCCCUCUGCAACUGGAUCCUGGACUUCCUGAAAGGCCACCCCCAGGUGAUGAGGGUAGGCAACAACACAUCCGCCACGCUGACCCUCAAUAUGGGGGCCCCUCAGGACAUGGGGGCCCCUCAGGGGUGCAUGCUUAGUUCCGUCCUGUACUCCCUGUUCACCCACAACUCAACGGCCACCAGCUCUGCACCCUCCGCUGCAACUUGCCCAUGCCCCCCCCCCACUUCUCCUUCACCCAAAUUCAGAUAGCUGAUGUCCUGAAAGAGCUGCUAAAUCUGGACCCCUACAAAUCAGCUGGGCUAGACAAUCUGGACCCACCAAUCCACAUCGAAGGGGCUGUAGUGGAACGGGUCAAGAGCUUCCAGUUCCUCAGUGUCCUCAUCACUAAGGAAUCAUCAUGGUCCACACACACCAACACAGUUGGCACAACAACGCCUGAUCCCCCUCAGGAGGCUGAAAAGAUUCGGCAUGGGCCCUCAGACCCUCAAAAGUUAUACAGCGGCACCAUCGAGAGCAUCUUGACUGGCUGCAUCAAAUCAAAUCAAAAAACAUCAAAUCAAAUCAAAUUUUGCUCAUCACAUGCGCCGAAUACAACCGGUGUAGACUUUAGAGUGAAAUGAUUGCUUACAAACCUUUCCCAACGAUGCAGAGUUUAAAAAAUAAUCAUACAAAAUAAAAUAGUAACUAACACAAGGAAUACAAUUAAAAUACACAAGAACGGAACUAUACACAGGGAGUACCAGUACCAGAUCAAUGUGGAGCUAUAUACAGGAAGUACCAGUACCAGAUCAAUGUGGAGCUAUAUACAGGGAGUACCAGUACCAGAUCAAUGUGGAGCUAUACACAGGGAGUACCAGUACCAGAUCAAUGUGCAGAGGUAUUUGAUAUGUACACGAAGGCACGGUAAUGAUGCUGCCAUGGUGACCCCUUGACCUUUUACACAGUUUGUUACAUUACAGCCUUAUUCUAAAAUGGAUUAAAUUGUUUUUUUUACCUAAUCAAUCUACACACAAUACCCCAUAAUGACAAAGCAAAAAAUACUGAAAUAUCACAUUUACAAAAGUAUUCAGACCCUUUACUCAGUACUUUGUUGAAGCACCUUUGGCAGCGAUUACAGCCUCGAGUCUUCUUGGGUAUGACGCUACAAGCUUGGCACACCUUUAUUUGGGGAGUUUCUCCCAUUCUUUUCUGCAGAUCCUUUCAAUUUUGGUCAGGUUGGAUGGGGAGCGUCGCUGCGCAGCUAUUUUCAGGUCUCUCCAGAAAUGUUCGAUCGGGUUCAAGUCCGGACUCCAGCUGGGCCACUCAAGGACAUUCAGAUAUUUGUCCCAAAGCCACUCAUGCGUUGUCUUGGCUGUGUGCUUAGGGUCGUUGUCCUGUUGGAAGGUGAACCUUCGCCCCAGUCUGAGGUCCUGAGUGCUCUGGAGCAGGUUUUCAUCAAGGAUCUCUCUGUACUUUGCUCCGUUCAUCUUUCCCUCCAUCCUGACUAGUCUCCCAGUCCCUGCUGCUGAAAAACAUCCCCACAGCAUGAUGCUGCCACCACCAUGCUUCACUGUAGGGAUGGUGCCAGGUUUCCUCCAGACGUGACACUUGGCAUUCAGGCCAAAGAGUUCAAUCUUGGUUUCAUCAGACCAGAGAAUCUUGUUUCUCAUGGUCUGAGAGUCCGUUAGGUGCCUUUUGGUCCUCUGUAGCUCAAUUGGUAGAGCAUGGCGCUUGUAACGCCAGGGUAGUGGGUUCGAUCCCCGGGACCACCCAUACGUAAAAAUGUAUGCACGCAUGACUGUAAGUCGCUUUGGAUAAAAGCAUCUGCUAAAUGGCAUAUUAUUAUUAUUAUUAUUUUUAUUAACUCCAAGCGGACUGUCAUGUGCCUUUUACUGAGGAGUGGCUUCCGUCUGGCCACUCUACCAUGAAGGCCUGAUUGGUGGAGUUCCCCAGAUCUGUGCCUUGACACAAUCCUGUCUCGGAGCUCUACGGACAAUUCCUUCGACCUCAUGGCUUGGUUUUGCACUGUCAUGCACUGUCAACUGUGGGACCUUAUAUAGACAGGUGUGUGCCUUUCCAAAUCAUGUCCAAUCAAUUGAAUUUACCACAGUUGGACUCCAAUCAAGUUGUAGAAACAUCUCAAGGAUGAUCAAUGGAAAUAGGAUGCACCUGAGCUCAAUUUAGAGUCUCACAGAAAAGGGUCUGAAUACUUAAAUAAGGUAUAUGUUUUUUAUUUUUUCAUAAAUUUGCAAACAUUUCUAAAAAAAUGUUUUCACUUUGUCAUUAUGGGGUAUUGUGUGUAGAUUGAUGAGGAAAACAUUUAAGUUAAUCAAUUUUAGAAUAAGGCUGUAACGUAGUAAAAUGUGGAAAAAGUCAAGGGGUCUGAAUAUUUUCUGAAUGCGCUGUAUGUACAUGAAGGCAGGGUAAAGUGACUAGGCAUCAGGAUAGAUAAUAAUAAGGUAUUUGAGGUAGAUAUGUACAUGAAGGCAGGGUAAAGUGACUAGGCAUCAGGAUAGAUAAUAAUAAGGUAUUUGAGGUAGAUAUGUACAUGAAGGCAGGGUAAAGUGACUAGGCAUCAGGAUAGAUAAUAAUAAGGUAUUGGAGGUAGAUAUGUAGAUGAAGGCAGGGUAAAGUGACUAGGCAUCAGGAUAGAUAAUAAUAAGGUAUUUGAGGUAGAUAUGUCCAUGAAGGCAGGGUAAAGUGACUAGGCAUCAGGAUAGAUAAUAAUAAGGUAUUUGAGGUAGAUAUGUACAUGAAGGCAGGGUAAAGUGACUAGGCAUCAGGAUAGAUAAUAAUAAGGUAUUUGAGGUAGAUAUGUACAUGAAGGCAGGGUAAAGUGACUAGGCAUCAGGAUAGAUAAUAAUAAGGUAUUUGAGGUAGAUAUGUACAUGAAGGCAGGGUAAAGUGACUAGGCAUCAGGAUAGAUAAUAAUAAGGUAUUUGAGGUAGAUAUGUAGAUGAAGGCAGGGUAAAGUGACUAGGCAUCAGGAUAGAUAAUAAUAAGGUAUUUGAGGUAGAUAUGUACAUGAAGGCAGGGUAAAGUGACUAGGCAUCAGGAUAUAUAAUAAUAAGGUAUUUGAGGUAGAUAUGUACAUGAAGGCAGGGUAAAGUGACUAGGCAUCAGGAUAUAUAAUAAUAAGGUAUUUGAGGUAGAUAUGUACAUGAAGGCAGGGUAAAGUGACUAGGCAUCAGGAUAGAUAAUAAUAAGGUAUUUGAGGUAGAUAUGUACAUGAAGGCAGGGUAAAGUGACUAGGCAUCAGGAUAGAUAAUAAUAAGGUAUUGGAGGUAGAUAUGUACAUGAAGGCAGGGUAAAGUGACUAGGCAUCAGGAUAGAUAAUAAUAAGGUAUUUGAGGUAGAUAUGUACAUGAAGGCAGGGUAAAGUGACUAGGCAUCAGGAUAUAUAAUAAUAAGGUAUUUGAGGUAGAUAUGUACAUGAAGGCAGGGUAAAGUGACUAGGCAUCAGGAUAUAUAAUAAUAAGGUAUUUGAGGUAGAUAUGUACAUGAAGGCAGGGUAAAGUGACUAGGCAUCAGGAUAGAUAAUAAUAAGGUAUUGGAGGUAGAUAUGUACAUGAAGGCAGGGUAAAGUGACUAGGCAUCAGGAUAGAUCAUAAUAAGGUAUUUGAGGUAGAUAUGUACAUGAAGGCAGGGUAAAGUGACUAGGCAUCAGGAUAGAUACUAAUAACAUUUUUACAUUUUUACAUUUUAGUCAUUUAGCAGACGCUCUUAUCCAGAGCGACUUACAGUUAGUGAGUGCAUACAUGUUUUUCAUACUGGGCCCAAUAAGGCCCAAUAAGAGUGAAGAACAGAGUAGCAGCAUCAAAUGACGAUUGUAAAAGUGUUUGUGUGAGUGUGCGUGUGUGUUUGUGUUGUGUCGGAAUGCGCGUGUGUGUGUUAUGUGUGUGUGUGUGCGUAUGUAGUGUUUGAAUGUGUGAGGGAUUUGGUUUUGAUUGACAGUGUAGUGUGAGUGAAGGUGUGUGUAUAUAACGUGUAGUGUAGUCCGUAGGCUCAGUGCAAGAUAGAGUCAGUGCAGAUAGUUCGGGUACUAUUCAUUGGCUAUUUGGCAGUCUUAUGGCUUGAGGGUAGAAGCUGUCUCAGAGCCUGUUGGUCCGAGAUCCGAUGUCCCGGUACUGUUUCCCGGACGGUAUCAGUGUGAACAGUCUAUGGUUUGGGUGGCUGGACUCUGUGGCAAUUUUCUGCCCUUCAUCUGACACCGCCUGGUAUAGAGGUUCUGGAUUGCAUGGAGCUCGGUCCCAGUGAUGUACAGUGCUGUCCGCACCACCCUUUGUAGCGCUUUGCGGACAAAGGUGGUGCAAUUACCAUACUAAGCGGUGAUGCAGCCAGUCAACAUGCUCUCGUUGGUGCAGCUGUAUAACUUUUUGAGGAUCUGAAGGCCCAUGCCAAAACGUUUCAGCCUCCUCAGGGGGAAGAGGCGCUGCUGUGCCCUCUUCACGACUGUGUGGGUGGGUAUACACUCAUGUAUUCUAGGGGAUACACUCAUAGCCGUGGGAAGAUGUUUUGAGUUGGGAGUGCUAGUAACACAAUGCAUGCAUCUACACUGAGUAUACAAAACAUUAGGAACACCUUCUGAAUAUUGAGUUAAACCCCCUUUUGCUCUCAGAACAGCCUCAAUUCGUUGGGGGCGUGGACUCUACAAGGUGUCGAAAGCGUUCCAAAGGGAUGCUGGCCCAUGUUGACUCCAAUGCUUCUUCCAGUUCUGUUGUCAAGUUGGCUGAAUGUCCUUUGGGUGGUGGACCAUUCUUGAUGCACACGGGAAACUGUUGAGCAUGAAAAACCCAACAGUGUUACAGUUCUUAAAACAUAAACCGGUGCGCCUGGCAUCUACUACCAUACCCGGUUCAAAGGCACUUCAAUCUUUUGUCUUGUCCAUUCACCCUCUGAAUGGCACACAUACACAAUCCAUGUCUCAAUUGUCUCAAUGCUUAAAAAUCCUUCUUUAACCCAUCUCCUCCCCUUCAGCUACACUGAUUGAAGUGGAUUUAACAACUGGAUUCACCUGGUCUAUCUAUGUCAUGGAAAAAGCAGCUGUUCCUAAUGCUUUGUACACUGUGUAUAAUACCAUUUGCGUAGCAUACAGUUGAGCAGAUGGGUUUUUAGGAUUUCCAAACAUGGGGAUAAUUUUUUUCAGGGUCUAGAAAAACAAUUGUCCUUUUAUAAACACAUCUCAUGCAUUCUACGUCAUUUACAUGAUAGAAGACAUUAGCAGAAUAUGUUUUAAUACCACACAAAUGGCCAAAUGCAGUCUACUGUGCAACUCGCUAUUCAGGUAGGAUGCAAUUCUGGAACUUAUUUUAUCGUAUUCAUAAUCGUUUAUUUUAUCAUUUGUAUUAUUGUGUAUCAUUGUUAUUAUCGUAGGCCUAUUUAUUCAUCGAAACCAGCUCUUUAAAUUUGCAAAUGUGUUUUGUUUCAUUCUGUUGAGACAUUUUCGCUGGCUAAAUUAAGUUUGAUCGAGGGUGGUGGGGGAGGUUCUACCCCUUUAGGUAUAUUGAAUGUGGUCUUUACUACUAGAAACACAUAGAAACACAUAGAAACACAUAGAAACACAUAUAAACACAUAGAAACACAUUGAAUAACACAUUCAUAAAUGGCAAAAGAGACAGUCAAAAAAUAAAUCAGAAGGAACGAGGUUUGAAGUGUCUGUCCUAUAUCUAGUACAUAUAAGAAAGAUCAGGAAAUAUAUAUAUAUUAUUUAACCCCAUUACAUUUGUACAGGUUACCUUCGGACGAGUCCCGUGACACUUGUCGUAGAGCGAAAUGGAGAACACCAUCGCGUUCGUGAGAGACUCCCCUUUCCAUAGAGUGGUCAUAUUAUUUUGUAGGCCAAACUGUCUGGACGCUACAGACGUUUAUGUGAGAAGACCGAUUUCCUGGGACAAACACCAGCUAGGCCACCUUCCACUGCAGAUGCGGAAAGGCUUACAUAAGGCGGAGGCGGUGGAUUGAGAUGCAGCCCAUGCAACAAAAACAACAACAGAUCUCUAGUUCAAACUGACAGAUUUUGAUGGGGAUUUUUUUUAAAUUAUGUUACUUAGAUUGACGUACGGGUGUGUCAAUAGAUUUAAGGAUUAAUAGAAAAUUACUUUAGUAAACAUGAAAGUCACCCAGUAAAAUACUACUUGAGUAAAAUACUAAAAGUACUUAGUUUUAAAUAUACUUAAGUAUCAAAAGUAAAUGUAAUUGCUAAAAUAUACUUAAUUAUCAAAAGUAAAAGUAGAAAUAAUUUCAAAUUCCUUAUCAAGCAAACCAGAUUUCAAAUUUUUAAAUUUUUAAUUAACCGGUAGCCAGGGGCUAUCAGCAACACUCAGACAUCAUUUACAAACGAAGCGAUGUGGGUUUAAUGAGUCUGCUAGAUCAGAGGCAGUAGGGAUGACCAGGGAUGUAAGUGCGUGAAUUUGACCAUUUUCCUUUCCCGCUGAGCAUUCAAAUUGUAACGAGUACUUUGGUUAUCAGGGAAUAUAUAUGGAGUAAAAAGUACAUUAUUUUCUUUAGGAAAAUAGUGAAGUAAAAUAUAAAUAGUAAAUUACAGAUACCCCAAUUAAAGUAUUUUUUACUGUAAGUGAAAAAACUUAAUCCACAGCUACAUAUUUUAUAGAAUUGUAUUGAUCCUCUAUGGCUAAAUUAUGCUGUCUGAUGUAAUGUUUUGAAUUAUUUUAUUUAUAUCUAUUCAGACAGGAGUAAUAUAAUUUUGGAAAUUGUUAUUUAUUUAAUUUGGGUAAAAUUAUUUCAAUUUAUCAGGGUUGCUGCAGCUAUUAUAAGUAGUCCUAUGACAAAAAAAAAUUACUGGCAUGACAAUUAUUUCUCAUCUUGUGGUCAAUCCUGCUAUUUCUUGGAUGCCCCGGCUCCACCCCCGUCUCGCACAUUCUGUCCUUCUGUGUUUUGUCCUGUACAUUUCUAACAUUGGUCUUUCUGUCCGUCUGUCCAUCUCCUAUCAUAUCUCUCAGGGGAAGAGAAAGAGAGAAGGAGAGAGAGAAGCGCGAGAGCGACGAUCUCUCCUCCUCGAGAUUAUUCUCGUCUCGUAGAGAGCUACCCUCUAUCUCUCUCUCUCUGCUCUCUCUCUCUCCUCUCUCUCAUCUCAAUGUCUCUCUCUCUCUCUCUCCAUGUCUCUCUCUCUCUCUCUCUCUCUCCAUGUCUCUCUCUCUCUCUCUCUCUCCCCAUGUCUCUGUCUCUCUCUCCCCAUGUCUCUCUCUCUCUCUCCAUGUCUCUCUCUCUCUCUCCAUGUCUCUCUCUCUCUCUCUCUCUCUCUCUCUCCCCUCUUCUAGCUGUUUGUGCUGUGUCAUGGCCUACUGCAGCUCACCCAGCUGCUCUACAGCUCCUACUUUAAGAGCACCAUCACCACCAUCGAGAGACGCUUCGGUCUCAGCAGCUUCUCCUCUGGCACCAUCUCCUCUCUGCACGAGGUAGGAGGCAGAUCCCACCACAACACACUACAGCAAUAGCAAGUAGUUCAUCAUGAUGUGAUACACAAGUAGUGGAAUAUCAGUAACAUGUAAACAACUGGCUAGUAGGUUCAAGAUUGACUUCUAAUGAAUGUUAUAUGUCAAAUAAAAUAAAAUAAAAUAAAAUUUUAUUGGCCACAUGCGCCGAAUACAACAGGUGCAGACAUUACAGUGAAAUGCUUACUUACAGCCCUUAACCAACAGUGCAUUUAUUUUUUUAUAAAAAAGUAAAAUAAAACAACAACAAAAAAGUGUUGAGAAAAAAAGAGCAGAAGUAAAAUAAAAUAACAGUAGGGAGGCUAUAUACAGGGGGGUACCGGUGCAGAGUCAAUGUGCGGGGGCACCGGCUAGUUGAGGUAGUUGAAGUAAUAUGUACAUGUGGGUAGAGAGGGGGGGGGGCAGUGCAAAUAGUCCGGGUAUCCAUGAUUAGCUGUUCAGGAGUCUUAUGGCUUGGGGGUAGAAGCUGUUGAGAAGUCUUUUGGACCUAGACUUGGCACUCCAGUACCGCUUGCCGUGCGGUAGCAGAGAGAACAGUCUAUGACUACGGUGACUGGAGUCUUUGACAAUUUUGAGGGCCUUCCUCUGACACCGCCUGGUAUAGAGGUCCUGGAUGGCAGGACGCUUGGCCCCAGUGAUGUACUGGGCCGUACGCACUACCCUCUGUAGUGCCUUGCGGUCGGAGGCCAAGCAGUUGCCAUACCAGGCGGUGAUGCAACCAGUCAGGAUGCUCUCGAUGGUGCAGCUGUAGAAUUUUUUGAGGAUCUGAGGACCAUGCCAAAUCUUUUCAGUCUCCUGAGGGGGAAUAGGCUUUGUCGUGCCCUCUUCACGACUUUCUUGGUGUGUUUGGACCAUGAUAGUUAGUUGGUGAUGUGGACACCAAGGAACUUGAAGCUCUCAACCUGUUCCACUCCAUCCCCGUCGAUGAGAGUGGGGGCGUGCUCAGUCCUCUUUUUUUUCUUGUAGUCCACAAUCAUCUCCUUUGUCUUGGUCACGUUGAGGGAGAGGUUGUUAUCCUUGCACCACACGGCCAGGUCUCUGACCUCCUCCCUAUAGGCUGUCUCAUCGUUGUCGGUCCAUACGGACCAUACGUCGGGACUACCGGCCGUGGUGACUCCUUGCUAUCCCCAGUCCGCCUGGCCUUGCUGCUAUUCCAGUUUAAACUGUUCUGCCUGCGGUUAUGGAACCCCUACCUGUCCCAGACCUGCUGUUUUAAACUCUAAUGAUCGGCUAUGAAAAGCCAACUGAGAUUUAUUCCUGAUUAUUAUUUGACCAUGCUUGUCACUUAUGAACAUUUUUGAACAUCUUGGCAUGGUUCUGUUAUAAUCUCCACCCGGCACAGCCAGAAGAGGACUGGCCACCCCUCAUAGCCUGGUUCCUCUCUAGGUUUCUUCCUAGGUUUUGCCUUUCUAGGGAGUUUUUCCUAGCCACCGUGCUUCUACACCUGCAUUACUAGCUGUUUGGGGUUUUAGGCUGGGUUUCUGUACAGCACUUCGAGAUAUUAGCUGAUGUAAGAAGGGCUAUAUAAAAUAAAAUAGAUUGAUUGAUUGAUCAGGCCUACCACUGUCAUGUCGUCGGCAAACUUAAUGAUGGUGUUGGAGUCGUGCCUGGCCAUGCAGUCAUGGGUGAACAGGGAGUACAGGAGGGGACUGAGCACACACCCCUGAGGGGCCCCCGUGUUGAGGAUCAGUGUGGUAGAUGUGUUGUUACCUACCCUUACCACCUGGGGGCGGCCCGUCAGGAAGUCCAGGAUCCAGUUGCAGAGGGAGGUGUUUAGUCCCAGGAUCCUUAGCUUAGUGUUGAGCUUUGAGGGCACUAUGGUGUUGAAUGCUGAGCUGUAGUCAAUGAAUAGCAUUCUCACGUAGGUGUUCCUUUUGUCCAGGUGGGAAAGAGCAGUGUGGAGUGCAAUAGAGAUUGCAUCAUCUGUGGAUCUGUUUGGGCGGUAUGCAAAUUGGAGUGGGUCUAGGGUUUCUGGGAUAAUGGUGUUGAUGUGAGCCAUGACCAGCCUUUCAAAACACUUCAUGGCUACAGACGUCAGUGCUACGGGUCGGUAGUCAUUUAGGCAGGUUAUCUUAGUGUCCUUGGGCACAGGGACUAUGGUGGUCUGCUUGAAACAUGUUGGUAUUACAGACUCAGUCAGGGACAUGUUGAAAAUGUCAGUGAAGACACUUGCCAGUUGGUCAGCACAUGCUAGGAGUACACGUCCUGGUAAUCCGUCUGGCCCUGCGGCCUUGUGAAUGUUGACCUGCUUAAAAGUCUUACUCACAUCGGCUACGGCGAGCGUGAUCACAUAGUCAUCCGGAAUAGCUGGUGCUCUCAUGCAUGCUUCAGUGUUGCUUGCCUCGAAGCGAGCAUAGAAGUGGUUUAGCUCGUCUGGAAGGCUUGUGUCACUGGGCAGCUUGGGGCUGGGCUUCCCUUUGUAGUCUGUAAUAGUUUUCAAGCCCUGCCACAUCCGAUGAGAGUCAGAGCCGGUGCAGUACGAUUCAAUCUUAGUCCUGUAUUGACUCUUUGCCUGUUUGAUGGUUCGUCGGAGGGCAUAGCGGGAUUUCUUAUAAGCGUCCGGGUUAGAGUCCCGCUCCUUGAAAGCGGCAGCUCUACCCUUUAGCUCAGUGUGGAUGUUUCCUGUAAUCCAUGGCUUCUGGUUGGGGUAUGUCAAUACGACAGUGGUGUAAAGUACUUAAGUAAAAAUUCUUAAGUCGUUUUGGGGUAUCUGUACUUUACCUAAUUUUUUGUAUUUUUGACAACUUUUACUUUUACUUCACUACAUUCCUAAAGAAAAUAAUGUACUUUUUACUCCAUACAUUUUCUCUGACACCCAAAAGUACUUGUUACAUUAUGACAGGAAAAUGGUCCAAUUUACGCACUUAUCAAGAGAACAUCCCUGGUCAUCCCUACUGCCUCUGAUCUGGCGGACCCACUAAACACAAAUGCUUCAUUUGUAAAUGAUGUCUGAGUGUUGGAGUGUGCCCCUGGCUAUCUGUAAAUAAAAAAUUAAAAACAAGAAAGUUCUGCCGUCUGGUUUGCUCAAUACAAGGAUUUAUAUAACGAUUUAUUUUAAGUAUAUUUAAAAUACUUUUAGACUUUUACUCAGGCAGUAUUUUACUGGGUGACUUUCAUUUUUACUUGAGUCAUUUUCGAUAAGGUUUAAUCUUUAUUUUUACUCAAGUAUGACAAUUGAGUACUUGAGGGGCGGCAGGUAGCUUAGUGGUUAAGAGCGUUGUGCCAGUAACUGAAAGGUCGCUGGAUCUAAUCCCCGAGCCGACUAGGUGAAAAAUCUGUCGAUGUGCCCUUGAGCAAGGCACUUAACCCUAAUUGCUCCUGUAAGUCGCUCUGGAUAAGAGCGUCUGCUAAAUGACGUAAAUGUUUUUCCACCACUGCAAUACGGUGUUGUCUGAGGCCUGCUCCUAGUUAAGAAGUAAAAAAUAUCCUCUGCAGCCAUGUGUUGCUACUGCGUCCUCCUGAUGACAGGGCCCUCUCUGUCUCUCUCUCUCUCUCUCUCUCUCUCUCUCUCUCUCUCUCCCUCUCUCUCUCUCUCUGUCUCUCUCUCUCUCUGUCUCUCCCUCCCUCUAGGUGGGGAACACAGUACUGAUGUAUCCUGAUUACAGGGCCCUCUCUGUCUCUCUCUCCGUCUCUAGGUGGGGAACACAGUACUGAUAGUGUUUGUGAGUUACCUGGGCAGCAGGGUCCAUCGGCCUCGUCUCAUUGGACUGGGUGGCCUGCUGAUGUCCAUCAGUGCUCUGAUCCUGGCCCUACCUCACUUCCUGUCCCAGCCCUAUGAGUACGACUCUGCCAUACAUGGUAAGAUCUAGAGGUUCAAUAUAGAUUUUUUUUAUAGCUACAAUACUUUGCAAUACCAAGGAUACACCUCUGAAUAAAUCUGCAUAGAUUAUCUUCAUGGGCAGGUUUCCGUCACACAGAAUCUCAAUAAAAAAUGCUUCUUAGUCCAGGACUAGACUUUCGCUGUGUCCGGGAAACUGGCCGCAUGAGUUUUAAAACCUAGUGUAUGGCAAGCAUCAUCCACAAUCAAUCUCUAUAAAGCAGCAAGCAUCAUCCACAAUCAAUCUCUAUAAAGCAGCAAGCAUCAUCCACAAUCAAUCUCUAUAAAGCAGCAAGCAUCAUCCACAAUCAGUUUCUAUAAAGCAGCAAGCAUCAUCCACAAUCAGUCUCUAUAAAGCAGCAAGCAUCAUCCACAAUCAGUUUCUAUAAAGCAGCAAGCAUCAUCCACAAUCAAUCUCUAUAAAGCAACAAGCAUCAUCCACAAUCAGUCUCUAUAAAGCAGCAAGCAUCAUCCACAAUCAGUCUCUAUAAAGCAGUAAGCAUCAUCCACAAUCAGUCUCUAUAAAGCAGAAAUCCCAGUAUGUUGGACCUGGUUCAGCCUGUCAUGUAGUGGAGUGGUGGACUGGUGGAGUUGUGUAGUGUUGUGGUGUUUUGGAAUGGAGUGGUAUAGUGGAAUGGUGUAGUGGAGUGGUGUAGCGGAGUAGUGGAUUGGAGUGUUGUAGUGGAGUGAUGUGUUGGAUUGGAGUGGUGUGGAGUGUUGGAUUGGAGUGGUGUGGAGUGUUUGAGUGGAGGGGUGUAGUGGAUUGGUUUAGUGGUGUAGUGGAUUGGAUUGGUUUAGUGGUGUAGUGUAGUGGAUUGGUUUAGUGGUGUGGUGGAUUGGAUUGGUUUAGUGGUGUAGUGGAUUGGUUUAGUGGUGUAGUGGAGUGGAUUGGUUUAGUGGUGGAUUGGAUUGGUUUAGUGGUGUGGUGUGGUGGGGUAGUGGAGUGGUGUAGGGGUGUGGUUAGAUUUGGAUGGUUGGAUUUAGAAAUAAUGAAUUGUGAGAGCCAGCCUGGCCUGCAGGUGCUCUCUAGCUGAUCCCAUUCUACAUAAAUCCAAGAAGAUUAAGGCUGUCUCUCAGGCAGUUGGUUUAAUUCAGUACUUUCACUCUCUUUUUUCCUCCUCUGUCUGCCCUGUAAACACACACACACACACACACACACACACACACACACACACACACACACACACACACACACACACACACACACACCCAGUACACUGGCUGGAUGCUGCUUCUCAUGGGGUACCACUGAAGGGUUAAGGGUCACAUUAAACUCCAGGAACAGCUGUGUAUAGUUCACAGGCCUGUAAUUAACUCUAUCUGUCUGUCUGUGUGUCUGUUUAUCUGUCUGUUUAUCUGUCUGUCUGUCUGUCUGUCUGUCUGUCUGUCUGUCUGUCUGUCUGUCGGUCUCUGUACUUGUGUCUGUGUGCUUGCGUGUGUGUGUGUGUGUGUGUGUGUGUGUGUGUGUGUGUGUGUGUGUGUGUGUGUGUGUGUGUGUCUGUGUGUGUGUGUGUGUGUGUGUGUGUGUGUGUGUGUGUGUGUGUGUCUGUGUGUGUGUGUGUGUGUCUGUGUGCUUGCGUGUGUGUGUGUGUGUCUGUGUGUGUGUGUGUGUGUGUGUGUGUGUGUGUGUGUCUGUGAAUGCGUUUUUUCCCCCAGAUCGCCAAGACCUGUGUUCACUGCAGGGUACCUCCAACAUGACAGAGGCCUGUGGGAAAGCAGAGACCAAACGUAUAGCAGACACCAAUAACCUGUGGCUGCUCAUGGCUAUAGCUCAGCUGCUGUUCGGGGUGGGGUCUGUUCCCAUACAACCCUUUGGUAUCUCUUAUGUGGAUGACUUCGCCGGACAAGGCAACUCCCCCCUCUACAUAGGUAAAUCCAACAAAAAAUCCAACAACACAUCACUUUUCAAGCAUUUUUUAUUUUUAUUUUAUUUCACCUUUAUUUAACCAGGUAAGCCAGUUGAGAACAAGUUCUCAUUUACAACUGCGACCUGGCCAAGAUAAAGCAAAGCAGUGUGAUAAAAACAACAACACAGAGUUACAUAUGGGGUAAAACAAAACGUACAGUCAAUUACACAAUAGAAAAUCUAUAUACAGUGUGUGCAAAUGUAGUAAGUUAUGGAGGUAAGGCAAUAAAUAGGCCAUAGUGCAAAAUAGUUUAGAACAAUUUAGUAUUAACACUGGAGUGAUAGAUGUGCAGAAGAUGAUGUGCAAAUAGAGAUACUGGGGUGCAAAUGAGCAAAAUAAAUAACAAUAUGGGGAUGAGGUAGUUGGGUGGGCUAAUUGCAGAUGGGCUGUGUACAGGUGCAGUGAUCGGUAAGCUGCUCUGACAACUGAUGCUUAAAGUUAGUGAGGGAGAUAAGAGUCUCCAGCUUCAGAGAUUUUUGCAGUUCGUUCCAGUCAUUGGCAGCAGAGAACUGGAAGGAAUGGCGGCCAAAGGAGGUGUUGGCUUUGGGGAUGACCAGUGAGAUAUACCUGCUGGAGCGCAUACUACGGGUGGGUGUUGCUAUGGUGAUCAAUGAGCUAAGAUAAGGCGGGUAUUUGCCUAGCAGUGAUUUAUAGAUGACCUGGAGCCAGUGGGUUUGGCGACAAAUAUGUAGUGAGGGCCAGCCUACGAGAGCGUACAGGUCACAAUGGUGGGUAUUAUAUGGGGCUUUGGUGACAGAACAGAUGGCACUGUGAUAGACUACAUCCAAUUUGCUGAGUAGAGUGUUGGAGGCUAUUUUGUAAAUUACAUCGCUGAAGUCAAGGAUUGGUAGGAUAUUCAGUUUUUCGAGGGCAUGUUUGGCAGCAUGAUUGAAGGAGGCUUUGUUGCGAAAUAAGAAGCCGAUUCUAGAUUUAACUUUGGAUUGGAGAUGCUUAAUGUGAGUCUGGAAGGAGAGUUUACGGUAUUUAGGUAUUUGUAGUUGUCCACAUAUUCUAAGUCAGACCCGUCGAGAGUAGUGAUUCUAGUUGGGCGGGCGGGUGCAAUCAGCGUUCGAUUGAAGAGCAUGCAUUUAGUUUUACUAGCGUUUAAGAGCAGUUGGAGGCUACGGAAGGAGUGUUGUAUGGCAUUGAAGCUCGUUUGGAGGUUUGUUAACACAGUGUCCAGUGAAGGGCCAGAUGUAUACAAAAUGGUGUCAUCUGCGUAGAGGUGGAUCUGAGAGUCACCAGCAGCAAGAGCGACAUCAUUGAUAUACACAGAGAAUAGAGUCGGCCCGAGAAUUGAACCCUGUGGCACCCCCAUAGAGACUGCCAGAGGUCCAGACAACAGCACCUCCGAUUUGACACAUUGAACUCUAUCUGAGAAGUACUUGGUGAACCAGGCGAGGCAGUCAUUUGAGAAACCAAGGCUAUUUAGUCUGCCAAUAAGAAUGUGGUGAUUGACAGAGUCGAAAGCCUUGGCCAGGUCAAUGAAGACGGCUGCACAGUACUGUCUUUUAUCGAACGCAGUUAUAAUAUCGUUUAGGACCUUGAGCGUGGCUGAGGUGUACCCAUGACCAGCUCAGAAACCAGAUUGCAUAGCGGAGAAGGUACGGUGGGAUUCAAAAUGGUCGGUGUCCAUCUGUCGUAGACGGCCGCGACUGGGAGACCAAUGGGGUGGCGCACAAUUGGCCCAGCGUCGUCCAGGGUAGGGUAGGGGAGGGAAUGGCCGGCAGGGAUGUAGCUCAGUUGGUAGAGCAUGGCGUUUGCAACGACAGGGUUGUGGGUUCGAUUCCCACGGUGGGCCGGUAUGAAAAAUAAAUAAAAUGUAUGCACUCACUAACUGUAAGUCGCUCUGGAUAAGAGUGUGUGCUAAAUGACUAAAAUGUAAAUGUACAUAAUAAAGUGCUCUUCUACCUUCUUAACAACACUAUCAACAAGGCAGGUCCUACUGGCCCUAGUUUUGUCACAUCUUGACUACUGUUCAGUCGUGUGGUCAGGCGCCACAAAAAAGGACUUAGGAAAAUUGCAAUUGGCUCAGAACAGGGCAGCACGGCUGGCCCUUGGAUGUACACAGUGAGCUAAUAUGAAUAAUAUGCAUGUCAAUCUUUCCUGGCUCAAAGUGGAGAAGAGAUUGACUUCAUCACUACUUGUAUUUAUGAGAGGUAUUGACAUGUUGAAUGCACCGAGCUGUCUGUUUGAACUACUGGCGCACAGCUCGGACACCCAUGAUUACCCCACAAGACAUGCCACCAGAGGUCUCUUCACUGUCCCCAAAUCCAGAACAGAUUAUGGGAGACACACAGUACUACAUAGAGCCAUGACUACAUGGAACUCUAUUCCACAUCAGGUAACUGAUACAAGCAGUAGAAUCAGAUUUAAAAAACAGAUUAUAAAAAACCUUAUGGAACAGCUGGGACUGUGAAGCAACACAAACAUAGGCACAGACACAUGCAUACACACGCACAAUAACAUGGAUUUUGUACUGUAGAUAUGUGGUAGUGGUGGAGUAGGGGCCUGAGGGCACACAGUGUGUUGUGAAAUCUGUGAAUGUAUUGUAAUGUUUUUAAAACUGCCUUAAUUUUGCUGGACCCCAGGAAGAGUAGCUGCUGCUUUACCAACGGAACAUUCAAAACUGUAAUAUCUUAUGUAACCUCCCGAGUGGCGCAGUGGUCUAAGGCACUGCAUCGCAGUGCUAGGUGUGCCACUAGAGAUCCUGGUUCGAAUCCAGGCUCUGCUGUAGCCGGCCGCAACCGGGAGACCAAUGGGGCGGCGCACAAUUGGCCCAGCGUCGUCCAGGGUAGGGGAGGGAAUGGCCGGCAGGGAGGUAGUUCAGUUGGUAGAGCAUGGCGUUUGCAACGCCAGGGUUGUGGGUUCGAUUCCCACGGGGGGCCAGUAUGAAAAAAAGAAAAAAAAGAAGAAGAAUGUAUGCACUAACUGUAAGUCGCUCUGGAUAAGAGCGUCUGCUAAAUGACGUAAAAUGUAAAAGUAAAUGUAUCACCGAGUCGUGGCUGAACGACAACAUGGAUAACAUACAGCUGGCGGGACAUACGCUGCAUCGGCAGGAUAGAACGGCUGACUCGGGUAAGACAAGGGGUGGCGGUCUGUGUAUAUUUGUAAACAACAGCUGGUGCACAAAAUCUAAUAUUAAGGAAGUCUCAAGGUUUUGCUCGCCUGAGGUAGAGUAUCUCAUGAUCAGCUGUAGACCACACUAUUUACCAAGAGAGUUUUUAGCUGUCUAUUUACCAUCGCAAACCGAUGUUGGCACUAAGACUGCACUCAAUCAGCUGUAUAAGGCCAUAAGCAAACAGGAAAAACGCUCAUCCAGAGGCAGCGCACCUAGUGACCGGGGACUUUAAUGCAGGGAAACUUAAAUCCAUUCUACCUCAUUUCUAGACCACCUUUACUCCACACACAGAGACGCGUACAAAGCUAUGACAUUGAGGAGUACACCACAUCAGUCACCGGCUUCAUCAAUAAGUGCAUCGAUGAUGUCGUCCCCACAGUGACCGUACGUACAUACCCCAACCAGAAGCCAUGGAUUACAGGCAACAUCCGCACUGAGCUAAAGGGUAGAGCUGAUGCUUUCAAGGAGCGGGACUCUAACCCGGACGCUUAUAAGAAAUCCCACUAUGCCCUCCGACGAACCAUCAAACAGGCAAAGCGUCAAUACAGGACUAAGAUUUAAUCGUACUACACCGGCUCCAACGCUCGUCGGAUGUGGCAGGGCUUGAAAACUAUUACAGACUACAAAGGGAAACACAGCCGCGAACUGCCCAGUGACACGAGCCUUCCAGACGAGCUAAAUCACUUAUAUGCUCGCUUCGAGGCAAGCAACACUGAAGCAUGCAUGAGCGCAUCAGCUGUUCCGGAUGACUAUGUGAUCACGCUCUUCGUAGCCGAUGUGAGUAAGACUUUUAAGCAGGUCAACAUUCACAAGGCCGCAGGGACAGACGGAUUACCAGGACGCGUACUCUGAGUAUGCACUGACCAACUGGCAGGUUUCUUCACUGACAUUUUCAACAUGUCCCUGACUGAGUCUGUAAUACCAACAUCUUUCAAGCAGACCACCAUAGUCCCUGUGCCCAAGAACACUAAGGUAACCUGUCUAAAUGACUACCGACUCGUAGCACUCACGUCUGUAGCCAUGAAAUGCUUUGAAAGGCUGGACAUGACUCAUAUCAACACCAUUAUCCCAGAAACCCUAGACCCACUCCAAUUUGCAUACCGCCCCAAAAAGAUCCACAGAUGAUCAAAUCUCUAUUGCACUGCCAAUUCCAACCUAGACAAGAGGAACACCUACGUGAGAAUGCUAUUCAUUGACUACAGCUCAGCGUUCAACACCAUAGCGCCCUCAAAGCUCAUUACUAAGCUAAGUACCCUGGGUCUAAACACCUCCCUCUGCAACUGGAUCCUGGACUUCCUAACGGGCCGCUCCCAGGUGGUAAGGGUAGGUAACAACACAUCUGCCACGCUGAUCCUCAACACGGGGGCCCCUCAGGGGUGCGUGCUCAGUCCCCUCCUGUACUCCCUGUUCACCCAUGACUGCAUGGCAGAUGGCAGAUGAUGGUGAUGACUCCAUCACCAUCAUUAAGUUUGCCGAUAACACAACAGUGGUAGGCCUGAUCACCGACAACAUUGAGACAGCCUAUAGGGAGGAUGUCAGAGACCUGGCCAUGUGGUGCCAGGAUGACAACCUGUCCCUCAACGUGAUCAAGACAAAGGAGCUGAUUGUGGACUACAGGAAAAAAAAGAGGACUGAGCACGCCCCCAUUCUCAUCGACGGGGCUGUAGUGGAACAGGUUGAGAGCUUCAAGUUCCUUGGUGUCCACAUCACCAACAAACUAUCAUGGUCCAAACACACCAAGACAGUCGUGAAGAGGGCACGACAAAGCCUAUUCCCCCUCAGGAGACUGAAAAGAUUUGGCAUGGGUCCUCAGAUCCUCAAAAGGUUCUACAGCUGCACUAUCGAAAGCAUCCUGACCGGUUGCAUCACUGCCUGGUAUGGCAACUGCUCGGCCUCUGACCGCAAGGCGCUACAGAGGGUAGUGCGUACGGCCCAGUACAUCACUGGGGCCAAGCUUCCUGCCAUCCAGGACCUCUAUACCAGGCGGUGUCAGAGGAAGGCCUUAAAAAUUGUCAAAGACUCCAGCCACUCUAGUCAAAGACUGUUCUCUCUGCUACCGCACGGCAAGUGGUACUGGAGUGCCAAGUCUGGGUCCAAAAGGCUUCUUAACAGCUUUUAUCCCAAAGCCAUAAGACUCCUGAACAGCUAAUCAUGGCUACCUGGACUAUUUGCAUUUUAACUUGUAAGUAAGCGUUUCACUGUAAGGUCUACACCUGUUGUAUUCGGCGCAUGUGGCAAAUACAAUUUGAUUUGAUUUGAUUUUACCCCAGCACCUUGACAGAGCUUGAAUAAUUUGUAAAAGAAUAAUGGGCAAAUAUUUCACAAUCCAGGAGUGUCAAGCUCUUAGAGACUUACCCAAUUAGACUCACAGCUGUAAUCACUGCAAAAGGUGUUUGUAACACGUAUUGACUCAGGGGGGGUGACACUCAGGGGGGGUUACAUUUUUAAUUAGUUUUUAAGAAAUGUUAGAUACUUUUUUUUAUUUUGACAUUAGAGUAUUUUGUGUAGAUCGUUGACAAGAAAUUACACUUAAAUCCAUUUUAAUCCCGCUUAGUGACAAUAAAAUGUGAAGAAUAGUUAUGAUACCCACUGUAGGUAAGAGGCUUGUAGCUUAAUGAAACACGAGUCCCUUUAAAUAGGUAAGAGGCUUGUAGCUUAAUGAAACACGAGUCCCUUUAAAUAGGUAAGAGGCUUGUAGCUUAAUGAAACACGAGUCCCUUUAAAUUGGUAAGAGGCUUGUAGCUUAAUGAAACAUGAGUCCCUUCAAAUAGGUAAGAGGCUUGUAGCUUAAUGAAACACGAGUCCCUUUAAAUAGGUAAGAGGCUUGUAGCUUACUGAAACACGAGUCCCUUUAAAUAGGUAAGAGGCUUGUAGCUUAAUGAAACACGUGUCCCUUUAAAUAGGUAAGAGGCUUGUAGCUUAAUGAAACACGAGUCCCUUUAAAUAGGUAAGAGGCUUGUAGCUUAAUGAAACACAAGUCCCUUUAAAUAGGUAACAGGCUUGUAGCUUACGGAAACACGAGUCCCUUUAAAUAGGUAAGAGGCUUGUAGCUUACUGAAACACGAGUCCCUUUAAAUAGGUAAGAGGCUUGUAGCUUACUGAAACACGUGUCCCUUUAAAUUGGUAAGAGGCUUGUAGCUUAAUGAAACACGAGUCCCUUUAAAUAGGUAAGAGGCUUGUAGCUUAAUGAAACACGAGUCCCUUUAAAUAGGUAAGAGGCUUGUAGCUUAAUGUAACACGAGUCCCUUUAAAUAGGUAAGAUGCUUGUAGCUUAAUGAAACACGAGUCCCUUUAAAUAGGUAAGAGGCUUGUAGCUUCCGGAAACACGAGUCCCUUUAAAUAGGUAAGAGGCUUGUAGCUUAAUGAAACACGAGUCCCUUUAAAUAGGUAAGAGGCUUGUAGCUUAAUGAAACACGAGUCCCUUUAAAUAGGUAAGAGGCUUGUAGCUUAAUGAAACACGAGUCCCUUUAAAUAGGUAAGAGGCUUGUAGCUUAAUGAAACACGAGUCCCUUUAAAUAGGUAAGAGGCUUGUAGCUUAAUGAAACACGAGUCCCUUUAAAUAGGUAAGAGGCUUGUAGCUUAAUGAAACACGAGUCCCUUUAAAUAGGUAAGAGGCUUGUAGCUUACUGAAACACGAGUCCCUUUAAAUAGGUAAGAGGCUUGUAGCUUAAUGAAACACGUGUCCCUUUAAAUAGGUAAGAGGCUUGUAGCUUAAUGAAACACGAGUCCCUUUAAAUAGGUAAGAGGCUUGUAGCUUAAUGAAACACAAGUCCCUUUAAAUAGGUAACAGGCUUGUAGCUUACGGAAACACGAGUCCCUUUAAAUAGGUAAGAGGCUUGUAGCUUACUGAAACACGAGUCCCUUUAAAUAGGUAAGAGGCUUGUAGCUUACUGAAACACGUGUCCCUUUAAAUUGGUAAGAGGCUUGUAGCUUAAUGAAACACGAGUCCCUUUAAAUAGGUAAGAGGCUUGUAGCUUAAUGAAACACGAGUCCCUUUAAAUAGGUAAGAGGCUUGUAGCUUAAUGUAACACGAGUCCCUUUAAAUAGGUAAGAUGCUUGUAGCUUAAUGAAACACGAGUCCCUUUAAAUAGGUAAGAGGCUUGUAGCUUCCGGAAACACGAGUCCCUUUAAAUAGGUAAGAGGCUUGUAGCUUAAUGAAACACGAGUCCCUUUAAAUAGGUAAGAGGCUUGUAGCUUAAUGAAACACGAGUCCCUUUAAAUAGGUAAGAGGCUUGUAGCUUAAUGAAACACGAGUCCCUUUAAAUAGGUAAGAGGCUUGUAGCUUAAUGAAACACGAGUCCCUUUAAAUAGGUAAGAGGCUUGUAGCUUAAUGAAACACGAGUCCCUUUAAAUAGGUAAGAGGCUUGUAGCUUAAUGAAACACGAGUCCCUUUAAAUAGGUAAGAGGCUUGUAGCUUAAUGAAACACGAGUCCCUUUAAAUAGGUAAGAGGCUUGUAGCUUAAUGAAACAUGAGUCCCUUUAAAUAGGUAAGAGGCUUGUAGCUUAAUGAAACACGAGUCCCUUUAAAUAGGUAAGAGGCUUGUAGCUUAAUGAAACACAAGUCCCUUUAAAUAGGUAACAGGCUUGUAGCUUACGGAAACACGAGUCCCUUUAAAUAGGUAAGAGGCUUGUAGCUUAAUGAAACACGAGUCCCUUUAAAUAGGUAAGAGGCUUGUAGCUUAAUGAAACACGAGUCCCUUUAAAUAGGUAAGAGGCUUGUAGCUUAAUGAAACACGAGUCUCUUUAAAUAGGUAAGAGGCUUGUAGCUUAAUGAAACACGAGUCCCUUUAAAUAGGUAAGAGGCUUGUAGCUUAAUGAAACACGAGUCCCUUUAAAUAGGUAAGAGGCUUGUAGCUUACGGAAACACGAGUCCCUUUAAAUAGGUAAGAGGCUUGUAGCUUACGGAAAGACGAGUCCCUUUAAAUAGGUAAGAGGCUUGAGACAUGACAUUAUACUAUCUGUACUGAGUUGUCUACGGCGAUCUCCCGGGGCAAACUAAAACACCUUAGCUUAACACAGGCAGGUUGUAAUCGCUUGACUUAUAGAUAUAAAAAGUCAAGUUUGCCUGAGUUAUUUAGCAAAAAGAAGAGGAGGGAGUGUAUUCAUUUAGUUAAUAACAGACGCUUGAACAUGAUCCAGCAGGUCGUAUUACUGCAGCUCAAACAGCAGUAGGACACAUGGACCUGGUGUUAAGACCCUGACUGUCUCUUUUCUCCCCAGCCAUCCUGUUUGCUGUGUCUGUGUUUGGACCUGCCUUUGGCUUCCUGCUGGGCUCCGUCAUGCUGAGGAUCUAUGUGGACGUGGACAGAACUGGUUCA